AAGAAAGGCAGCCUCUUGACUAGCAGGGCGAAUGAAUCAGAACGUUCAACGAUUGAAAUAAGGGCCAAAAGUCCGAGGCGAAGGAAACCAAGAAUUAAUUAUCGAAGGUCGUGAAUUGUUUUUUCUUAAGACUGGCCAGAGUCUGGGGUAGGUAGGUCGAGUCUAUCGUCUCGCGUAAUAAGCUCGUGAUGGCCGAUUGUGCAGUACGUGUCUGCGGUGUAUCAAGUUAAGAGGCCCGGGUGGAUUCGCUUCCGCUGUCCCUUCCAACAAACAUGGAAUAGUCGUUUGGUAGUUGGGUGUUAUGUGGAAAGAGAAGAUUGCGAGGGGGUUGUUGAAUGUCAUAUAUCUAUUUCCAAUUCUAUAUGUGUUCCCGCGCGCUUUUGCAACAAGAUUCCCAUUUCGGCAUCUCUAUCUCUGUGGCCCAAGACAAUUGGGCAAGAGAAGUGCCAAAUCCAUUUGCUCAACCGCGUCGUCUGUUCCCGACACACCCCUACAUGCGCCCCCAGAAAGCUCUGAAGGGCCGGCGAUUCUAUGAUCUGAAUGGUUGGCGCUUUGCCAAUUCAUCCACGCUAUUUGCUAUGCGCUGCAUGAUUAUUUUGAUUGAGUGGUUGAGAAUGUUGGAUGGGUGCGCAGUUUGCAAGAGACUCAUUGGUGGGAGUCGGCGAGACAUGAAACAAGCGAAGAGGCCUGGGGUAUCCACUAGAAUGCAGCCACAGGCCAGUAUGGAUUUAGAAACAGCAUUGCGGCUGCAGGAGCAGUCUUUUUGCUGCCUCUGUGCAGCAGAGACUUCCAAUCAACAGGCGACAAGAAUAGACGUCCAGCCUUCAGCGGGAAUCAAAACAGGCAGAAAGCGCCAGAUGGCCGGCCGUCUAGACAAAUCUAUGACCAGCUGUAAGGCCAAGCCUGUAUGCAUUCUUGAUGGUGCAUUUGUGGCCAGUCUCUUCGCAGAGCGGCCUGAUACAAUUAACCGUCCUCGAUGCAAGGGAAUUUCAGAUCAGACAGUUGAUUCUUUAUCAGUCACAGUCCUCCGUAGUUACUGGCCACACACACGUAAUGACAAGAAUCGGAUCGACGAGCUUUGUCUUGUGGCCGUGGAUCAUCACUCAGUUGCCGUAGCAUUGCAGUCAUUGAUAUUUGCAUUGUGACAUUCAUCAGGGACGUAUGGUAGACCAGAAUAUGGGAAACGUUGGCUUGCAAUCUAUCUCGCAGAUGCCCAGAGUUGCAUAACGCCCAAUUUGGAUGUGCGACCCGUCUAGUUCUUAACUCCGGUGGAUCAUCUCAAUAUCUCAGAAACUUGUACAAGGAUCGUGACGAUCGUGAAACAAAAGACAGCGUACACCCCGAUCUUUCAUAAUGA